AUGCCUCCCUCCCUCCCUCUGACGCGGUUCAAGCUCCCAGCCAGCACGACGGGCCAGAACCGCCGACGAGCGAGCACGCAAGCGAACCGCCUCCAUGGCGCAACGCAUGAAUCCUCUCACACGGCCCACACGCUGCCACCGUCACCCAAGAGGUGGUCGUCUCACGAGCCCGCAGGGCCUACGCGGCCCCUCUGCUGGGACCCCCCGCACCACCACGGCCCAUUACCACGGCCCACCACCACGGCCCACUACCGCGGCCCACUACCACGAGGCCCUGGCUUGGUGGUUUGA